AUGGACGCCAGCACCACGCCCUGCUGCCGACCGGAGACUGGGGGACCCAGCCCGGAGAAGCUCAGCCGAAAGAACCACCCGGGGCCGCCACCCAGCCUGCAAGACCCCUCCGAGGUGACACCCUGGUUCACACCAGAGCCUGCGGGACCCAGUCCAGCGAAGCGCAGCCGAAAGGACCCGCCGAGGCCGCCACCCAGCUCCGAAGACUCCUCCAAGGCGACACCGGCCCCCGCAGACACCCACAACGCCCUCACCUCCCUGGUGGUCCUGGCCACUGGGUGCGCCCUGCAGGUGCCCCUAGGCCACGUCGAUCUGGUGCUGGAGCCUCCGCCAACCUCGGUCCUCACCGUGGACCUCCUAGGCCACAGGCUCGUUCUCAUCCCCCAGGACCUCUUGGGCCCCAACCCCCAAGGGCAGCCCGGGACCUCAUCCGAUGGCCUACUCCUGGAUGAUUUGCUGGAUACACGGCCUGAGGACGUCGUGGUCCGGCAAGGCCUCUGCUGCCAGCCCUUCCCCGACGUGGCCUGCCAGGAAGAGGUCUAUACCGAGGAUGCUGAAGACACCGAGGAAGCUCAAGACACUGAGGACUCUGAUCCUGACUUCCUGGAGCCAAGUUGGUCCAGCCCUGAGCCUCAAGACCCCAGCCCACAACCUGGUCUUGCCAGUGCCCACCCUUCAUCCAAGCAGUCACAACACUCAGUAUGUAUUCAACCCGGACUUCCACCUUUUGAGGUUUGUCCAAGGCUCACUGCUGAGGCCUCUCCCUCUGUCUCCCAGCCUGCUUUCAAAUCUGACCAGCCCACCAAAUCUACUGGUGUGCCCUAUGCACCGUCCAUGCCCUGUGCAAGGCUAGAGAUGCUCGUGCUCAGACCUAUUGCCUUCCUCCUCCUACUGUUUGGUUGA